CACAGUUGUUAGUAACGGGGAGGGGUCACGUGAUUAUCGUUUUCGAUCGGUCUCUCGCGAGAACACACACCGACAACCUUUGGCACAGUUUCUGCUGCAAGUAGUCACAAGGAUUCAAGAUGAACAGAGCUUUGAACAGAACAAGUCUGAAACAGUUGACUGGUCUCCUCCAAAGGUUUCAAAGCACCUUGGUGGUUGCAGAGCACAACAAUGACAAGCUGACCCCCAUUACACUCAAUGCCAUCACAGCUGCUAGUAAGCUGGGUGGAGAGGUGUCAUGCCUGGUUGCUGGAACAAACUGCGCAAAGGUUGUGGAGCAAAUCAGCAAAGUGCACGGUGUGAAGAAUGUUCUGGUUGCUCAACAUGAUUGUUACAAAGGGUUCCUGCCGGAGGAGUUGACUCCGCUUAUCCUGGAAACACAAAAGCAAUUUAAUUUCACCCACAUCUGUGCUGGUGCAUCUGCCUUUGGAAAGAGUUUGCUUCCCAGAGUUGCUGCCAAGUUGGAUGUUGCUCCAGUUUCAGAUAUUAUUGAGAUCAAGUCUCCAGACACUUUUGUGAGAACCAUUUAUGCUGGAAAUGCUCUCAGCACUGUGAAAUGUAAUGAGGCGAUCAAGGUCUUAACAGUCAGAGGGACGUCUUUUGAGGCAGCUCCAACAGAGGGAGGAAGUGCUGCGUCACAAGAUGUUUCUGCUGCUUCACCCACUGGAGUUUCUGAGUGGCUGGAACAGACUCUGACAAAGAGUGACCGUCCAGAGCUGACCAGCGCCAAGGUUGUUGUGUCAGGAGGAAGGGGCUUGAAGAGUGGAGAAAACUUCAAGCUGCUUUAUGAUCUUGCUGAUAAGAUGAAUGCUGCAGUUGGUGCAUCCAGAGCCGCAGUGGAUGCUGGGUAUGUUCCAAACGACAUGCAGGUUGGACAGACGGGCAAGAUUGUAGCACCAGAAUUGUACAUUGCUGUUGGUAUCUCUGGAGCCAUUCAACACCUGGCUGGAAUGAAAGAUAGUAAGACUAUUGUUGCCAUCAACAAGGACCCAGAGGCUCCCAUUUUCCAGGUGGCUGACUACGGAUUGGUCGCUGAUCUUUUCAAGGCUGUUCCUGAGAUGACUGCGGCAUUGAACAAGUGAAGAGCAAAACAAAAGUCAAAGCUGGAGCCCACAUUCGGAAGAAUUCAGAGAGUGACCACAGGAACACACAGCUGCUGCCUUAGAACACACUCUGGAGCUAUGAGUGUUUGCAUACAGAAAUAAUUUCCAUCGUCAACAUCUUCUCCCUGACUGGAAACAGAAGAACAUUCUCCAUUUAGAAAUGAAUGCCAGUUUUUUUAAGAAUCUUAAACAAGUAAUAAAUAUCAAUGGGUAAGGGUGUACUUACCUCGAGGGAUGUAGUAGUACCAGUUGUAAUUUGUAUUUACACUAAAGGAGGUCUUUGGGAAUGCUUUGUUUUGACGUGCUGUUGAAGAUGUAGCUCUUUAUGUUUCCACACAGUGUGUACUAACUGAUAUGCUCUUUGGGAAUAAUGGAUUAAAUUAACAAAUAAUA